ACAACAUCACGACCACAAAAAUACAUUCACGCUUUCGCACUCGUACUUGAUCAAAGCUGCUUUUGGCAUCUUGAGUCAAGCACCUUCUUACAUACACACACACACACACACACACCCGAAAUACUUUAUUCAACGAACCACCAUCUUCAUCAUCAUGUCAGACACCGAGACUGCCACCGCCAAUGGAGGCGCCAAGGAGACCAUGAGCCAGCAGGACGUCGAGUUCUUACUCACCUGCCUUAGAAACUCUGUUGCUGGGAGUCUCACUGUUGAUGCCACCAAGAUCGCAGUGGCCCUCAACUACAGUAACCCUCGCUCGGUCACCAAUAAGAUUUCCCUCUUCAAGAAGAAGUACAACCUUGCCAUCAGCACUGCCGGCGCCAAGGCUGCUGCUGCUGCUGCUUCUGCUUCCGCUGGUGACGGAAAUGCUGCCACUCCCACUAUCCCCAAGACACCUGCUCCACCCAAGACCCCAAAGGGCAAGAUUACCAAGGGUAAGGCUACUCCAAAGGGUUCCGCUACCAAGAAGACCCCAGUCAAGAAGGCUGUCAAAUCUGCUGUUAAGGCUGAGGAUGAUGACGAGGAGGCUGAUGCUGAUGAGGAAAUGGAGGAUGCUAAGGACACCACCGUCAAGCAGGAUGAUGAGGCUUAGAUUGAGUUCCGCUACACCUAUACUCAAUCAAUUCAUUGAAGUUUCUGGAGUCUGAUACCUGCGUGGCAUCGCUCUUCUUUGACUACAACAAAAGCUUUUGCUGGCUGAAUAUUUAUGGUUGUUGAGGGGGCAGGAUAUCUGGGGUUAUUUCCUUUGGGCUGUUCAUGGUGGCGUUUAGCGUCUUCGGAUAUGAGGUCUUUUUCUCUCUGAGUUGGAGGGCCUCAUCUGCGUUUUCUUUCGGAACCAGAGGUUCGUGGUUUGGUAAGAAAGAGAAGUUCUGGCUUCGGCUUUCCCCUAUUCGCCAGGAGAUCCUUACUUUCUUAGCUGGUCUGGAUGAAUACAUAGAUCAAUGCAAUGAAAUCAUCAUGAAAACAUUAUCUUUGUCUCUUGAUUCUUCUUUUCAGCGAAUCUCAAU